AUGUCGAAGCGCUCCUCUGGAGAUGCUUAUGGUGCCAGCAAAAACCAAUGGCAUGAUAUGCCUGGCGUCCAUGCCGAUGCUCUUGGUGCCGUUUCCAAAGAAGUGGCAUUGCUGUUGACUGAGCUCUCCAAGCUCUGGUGUAGUCCUGAGCUCUCUGCAGAGGAUGCCCAAACUCGUGCGAACAACCUGCGAUCAAAGCUAGGUCCCAUCCUAGAGAAUGAGAAGAAUUGGUUGCAGAAAUCUCGGGAGAAGCUGGACAAGGCCCUGGAUGAGACCGGAAAGUUGGCGCAGGAGGUAGGGGAAACUCCUCCUGUGAAACAGGAAAAGGAAUCCAUUGCGGCGCAGCGAAGCGCUUUGAAGACGGAAAUGGAGCGUCUCACAAAGCUCCGAGCCCGUCAGGGCGAGGAAGUCAAGGACUUGCGCGCAAAGGUGCGAAAGGAAUGCAAGCGUUUGCAUGUCAACGAGUCCGAUUUUGUAGUGGAUGAGUCUCUGGAGGGCGGAGCUCAAUUCAAAGCUUUGACUCAGCAGCUGCAGCGUUUGGACGGUGUAGUAGCUGAGCGCGUGGAUGCAGUCCUGGCGGCCCGAGGACGCAUACGCAAAUUGAAGGACAAGUUGGGCGAGAACUUGGAGUUUCGCCUGGCCUUCGAUGGCGAAUUGCCAGGCAGUGAGGGUGGCGUUGUGGUUUUGGAGAAGACAGCUGAAAACGAGAAAUUCAUCCGAGAUUUGGCAGAGUUUAAGGAUCCUGGAAAUAAGGACGUGUCCCUCUUCAGCCGGUGUAUUGGGCACCUCAAGAUGUUGGAGUCCUCAUAUUCUGAAGAGCUUGACCGGAGAAAGCCUCAGAAACGCUCCCGAUCGUCUGAUUCGGAUGGCUCUCGUUCGCGCUCACGAGCCAAAAAGAAAGACAAAAAGAAAAGACACUCCAAAAAGGAUGAAAAGGACAGAGCAGAAAAAGACAAGAAAAAAAGAGCCAGAGAAAGCCCAGAGCAGGAGAGAGCUGACAAAAACAGCGAGAACGGUGAGUCAGCUCCAUUGUCACCAGGACAUGGCUGGAAACCCGAAGGGGACCAGGGUCAGAGCCAAGCCAAUGUGCCAUGGAAGCCACCAAGUGAUGCGGCUCCUGCCUACGGUGCUCCACCCCCUGGCUAUGCUUAUCCGAAUCCUCACAUGCCAGGCCACCCACCACCGCAUGCGCCAGGCCAUCCACCUCCACGAGGUCCAGCACCAGGACCUCCACCCGGCUAUCCAAGCUACCCGUCCUACCCAGGCUACUACCCACCCCAUGAUGCGUGGGCUGCAUAUGCUGCUUCCCGGCCUCCAUAUGCGGCAGGCCCUCCACCACCCGGACCGCCUCCAGGACAUGUUCCACCCCACCCGCCACAUCAUCCUCAUCACAUGCACCUUCCUCCACAGGCACCUCCUCCCCGUCCUCAACUGCCACCACAAGCUCCACCACAAGGGCCUCCACCACACGGACCUCCGCCUCCAAACUCUGCACCUCAGGGGCAUCCACCCCAGAACCAUCCAUUGGGUCCUCCACCACAUGGUCCUCCACCACAUGGUCCUCCCCCACAAGGUCCUCCGCCGGGUGUUCCACCGCCCCCCCACCAAGCUGUUCCUAUGGAGGACGAUCCUAGACACUUUUCCAAGGCAUCUGCUCCGCCUCCAGAGAAGGCGCCACUUCAGCCCGUCUUCCCAUGUUUAGUGGGUGGGCCACCACCUGCGCAGGGGCCACCACCUGGAUAUCCUGCAGGAGUUGGUCCCCCAAACAACUGGUGA